AUGGGGAAGACCAAAAAUGCAAAGGCCCUGACGCACGAGGAGAUUUGGGAUGACUCGGCCUUGGUGCGGUCGUGGGAUGAGGCUGUCGAGGAGUACCAGCUAUAUCACAGCAUCCACGCUAAGGGGGAAAAUGUGGAAGAUGUGCUGAGAGAGGCAGAAAGGGAAGAGGCUGAUGUUGUGGAUGAAGGAGAUCUCGCCGAAGAUACGCUGAUGGAAGGGGGCAGCGAUGAACCCAUCCCAGACGUUCUGCAGCCCGCGCAAAAGUCUGAUGUGCCCCCUGCAGACGAGGGAGUACCAGCAGCAUCAGCAGCAGCCACACCUCCCGCCAGCGGUAUGCCGAUGCCUCAUCCCGCGUUAGCGCAAGUUCAAGAUGAAGGACUGAAGAACCUCAUGAUGGCAUGGUACUUUGCGGGCUACUACACAGGCCUCCAUGAGGGCCAGCAGCAAGGCAAACAAUAG